GACCUCCUCCCAGACUGGGCCUCUGGUUCCUGGCCCCGCCCUUUGGCUGUGAAGGAUGGGUGAUGGGCCUGUGAUUGAUACCCCCUGCCUGCCUUGUCCCGCCAUUCGAUGGAGCCAUUGUGGAACUCCUCCCUCCCCUUCCCACAGCCCAUGCCCAACACCUCGUCCUCUGAGUCACCCGAGGGCGGGGCUCUGUCCCAGUCAAUAGCGCUACUCGCCAUGCUGCUCAUGGACCUGCUGGCCGUGGUGGGCAACGGGGCCAUAAUGGCUGUCAUCGCCAAGGCCCCACAGCUACGUAAGUUUGCCUUUGUCUUCCAUCUGUGCCUGGUGGACCUGCUGGCAGCCCUGGUGCUGAUGCCCCUAGGCAUGCUCUCAGGCCGGGCCUUCUUUGGCGAGGCCCUGUGUCGGAGCUACCUCUUCCUCAGCGUGUGCCUGGUCAGCGCUGCUAUCCUCUCCAUUUCGGCCAUCAACGUGGAGCGCUACUACUACAUCAUCCACCCCAUGCGCUAUGAGGUGAAGAUGACCCUGGGCCUGGUGGCCUCAGUGCUGGUGGGGAUAUGGGUCAAAGCUUUGUCCAUGUCCGUCCUGCCGCUGCUGGCCUGGGCCUUACAGGGCGAAAGGACUCCUCUUCUGGAGGGUACUGGAGUUGGGGGAGGGGGUGGGAGUGUACCCUCACCCCCUGCUCAGGGUCACAGGCGCUGCUCCUUGCAUUGGACGGGGGGCGGGUCGAACCGCGUUGCCUUCAUGGUCCUGUUCACGCUGGUGUACUUCCUGUGCCCACUGCUGGUCAUCUUGGUAGUGUACUGCAGCAUGUUCAAGGUGGCGCGGGUGGCGGCCAUGCACCACGGGCCCCUGCCAACCUGGAUGGACACGCCCCGCCGCCGUCGCUCUGAGUCGCUCAGCAGCCGCUCCACCAUGGUGACCAGCUCAGGGACAGGCACGGGGACAGGGGCGGGGCGCGACACUCCUCACCGCGCCUUCGGAGGGGGCAAGGCGGCAGCAGUGUUAGCAGCAGUGGGAGGACAGUUUCUGUGCUGCUGGCUGCCCUACUUCUCCUUUCACCUGUACUCAGCUCUGGCCUCUAGCCCUCCAGCCACGCUGGCCCCCCUGGAGGAGGUGGUCACCUGGAUUGGCUAUUUCUGCUUCACCUCCAACCCCUUCUUCUACGGCUGUCUGAACCGGCAGAUCCGCGAGGAGCUGGGCAAGCAUGUGCCUUGCCUGUUCCGCCGGGCAAGGGGAGAGGAGGACCGACUGCCCAGCCGUGAGGGAUCCAUAGAGGAGAAUUUCCUGCAGUUCCUCCAGGGCACUGGCUGCAACCGGGAUCCCCAGGACUCCCACAGCACCUCCAGCCCCAAGGGAGAGGCCUGCCGGACCCUGGCCCAGCCGCCUCAGUCCCCACAGCCCAUACCCAUUGACUUCCGCAUCCCAGGACAGAUUGCAGAGGAGACCUCAGAGCUCCUUGAGCAUCACCAGAUUAAAAACAACCAUAUCAUAUCGGACAGUUAGGUUAUGUAUUUAUUUUAUGUAAAAACCAACACAAAAAGUAACCAGGAUAAAAAUUACCACAGUAACAUAAUCACACUCUGGUAUAUGUCACAGAGUAUUAAGAUACAAUGUUUUGAUCUGUUCUCUUUUAACAUUUUAUUCUUAACAAUAAAAAGCUGUGCAAUGGGAAAUUUAGAUUUUUUUCUAAAGUCCAUAUUGUCCUGAAUCGCAUUUUGCAGCUUCACUUUCUAUUCUGUAAAGGCUGCAAUGCUAUGGAAUUGAUCUUCUUUGUGUAAUGUUCCUAUUGGAGUAUACAACAACUAAUUGAUUGUGGGUCGUGGCAUUUCUGGGGAGAAAGACAAAUGGCACAACUGCAGCUGCAGAGAAUCUGACAGGUUAAUAUUGCCAGUGAUGCCGAUAUUGGUGUUGUUUGUUAGGGAAUUCGUUUUAGAGAUGUAAUUCUUUACUUUUUUUACUUCACAAUGCAUUGAUAGGGUCAGUAUGUUAUUAAUACAGAUGUAUUAUAUCUUCUGAGAUUUUCCUUUUGGAUUUCAAACCAAACAAGCCCUUGAGCAAAGAGGCUGUUAGAGUCUGUCAGCUGUCUUUCCUUCGAUAAGCCUACCUUAAACUAUAUCAGGUUUUAUGACUUUCAGAAGACAUCCACAAAUAAUAUAUCAUUGAGCCAAACACAUCUGAUAUUUGAUACUGUUAGAUCAUUUACUUUUGAGGAAUUGAUGUAUGACUGAGCUUAUUUACGUAAGCUGCAGAAUAAAGAAACCAAUAUUGGAGUGCAGGAAGUCGUGCCUGAAAAUAUUUACAUAUUCCUGACCCCUUUACCUCUGUAAAAUAUCAUUAAACGGAUGUAUAGUAGACAGUGAGUGAAUGGUCACUAUAUCCCUACGAUAAAGAUACUGUAAGUUGUGACUUUUAGAGAUGAUGAAAGAGCUACAGUACUGUAAUUGUGCCCUGGUUGUGAGGUUGAGGCACGUAGGCAGUAAGAAGUACCAUGGGGCAGCCACCUGUUGUUGAUGGGUAAACCUCUGGGCAGAUGCCCCCCUCUCUCUGGUGCUUUUCCUGAACACAUCAUCUGUGUUUUCCCAUAAGCAGGCCAGGUUUAUUGUGACCACAGUUAGGAUGUAGGCAAUCUUUUCCUUACUCAUCCUGAACUACUUCUGGUCUGUUAGAAAAGUACAUUUAUUUAUCAUCUAUCUACCGUUUAGAUAGUAGUUGACAUGGGCAGGUGUUCAAUACGUUGGCAGAUGUUCAGUUAAGGCAGGAGUAUUUUUGUUAAUUGAUGCGCUACAUUACAUUUCUAUACAAUUAGAUUUUUAUAGUUGUUGUUUUACAAAUGUAGCUGUAUUUUAUGUUUGAUAAAACCUGAUAGUGAGUUCAACUCUACAACUUUUAAACAUUUUAUUGUUGAUUAUUAUUAGGUAUUAUUGAUUACUGUAUAUUUUGUGAUUAAUUAACAAAAUACAAUGGUGUAUUCAAAUGGUAUACAGUAACUGUCUUUUCAAUGUGUGUUGAUUAGCUGUGGCGCAACAGGUUGGAGAAUAUAAUAAACCAAUUAUAUUUUACAGUGCAGCUCCUCAGGGUUCUCUACCUCAGAUACAAUAUUGACUUCAUUUGCAGGUCAGCACACAAUGUACACAUAGAAAAGAUAUGGUGUAAGUCAUGCCACAUAUUUUUUACUAUAUGCUCCCUGGGUUGCUUUCCUUCUUCAGCUGGACAAGGACAGACUGACAAAAGCUGUCCUCAUGUGGCUUUGUCUGAGAGACUUGAUACAACGCCUGCUUCACGUCUACUCUCUGUGGUGUCACAUUGUGAGGGGAUUUAGAAUUGUUUGAGCUGUCCAGAACAGUACUGGCCAAUUUGAGGUAUCAGCCUUGUUAAAACAUAUAUGGAUUGUGCAAGAGUACAAAAGUAAAGUUAUUUAUUUCC